AUGGCAGACUCGCGGCCAACACGGAAGGCGAGCAAGAAGGCUCUAGAAGAGAUGGCAAGAGAGACACAGCGGUUGACUCGGUCCACGCAACUCACGCACCAAGCACGAACCAAGAAACGCUUCCCAGUUGCAGACCUUCUCAAGCGGUUCAAUUACCGAUCUGGAGCCCAAGAGCUCACAUCCCCAGCCGAGAACGACGAGCCUUCACCUGAAGCUGAUCAGCCUUUUUCUGACCAGGAGCACCGUGGCGCAGAUGUUGAGACACCACCAACAAGUCCAGCUGCAGCGCCAGUAUCCUCGCACCGAGCCAAAGAUUCACAGCAUGAUGAACCCCCAAAGUUGCCUUUCGAUCCGUUGUACGAUGAGUCCGACGAUGAGCUUCCCACACUCAAUGAAGCAUUGGCACGAGCAAGCGAAAACAAACCAGUCAAUGAGAGCAAAGCUGAUUCUAGACCAAGCGACGGGCUGGGCACCACGAAAUUCACUUCACUUUCCCGCAACAACAAAUCUGUUGGCAGAAAAUUCACUUUCUCGCGAGCAGCAGAUAAAGCCCAGACUGGAUCUUCACUUCUUCAAAGACAGCCUCAUUCAGAUUUGCAAUCAUCAACCGCUCGAGCACACAAGCGCAUCAUGGAUCGAAGCUCACUUGCCCACGACACCCUUUCUGAUUCCGAUGAUGACUUGGAAAUAAUCCGCCCUCACCGAUCACAUCUUCCGAUCUUUGACGAUAUCCCUUCUGCAAAAGCAACUGAGCCCGACUCUCUUCGCGUCUUGCGGACACUUGCCCACAUUCAUUCCCCAAGCAAAAGCAAGCGGUCACCUAUCCACAUGACUGCAUCCGAACUGCAAACAUCACUUCAGCGACGCGCCAAAGCACAAGCUGAGAACGAACGACAAGAACGCAUCGAAGCAUUGAAAGCAAAGGGCAUCGUCGUUCAAACAGAUGAAGAGCGUGAAAAAGAACAGCUUGAACUCGACAAUCUUCUUGAGAAAGCUAGACGAGACGCAGCAACACUUGCAAAAAAAGAAAAGGUUCACAGAAAGCCUGGCGAAGACGAAUUGCCUAGCAGUGAUGAAGAUGAUGAAUUUGAAGCCAGCGCUGAAGAAGACGAGGAUCUGGAACUUUCUGGAUCAGAGGAUGAUGAUGCUUCCGAUGCAGAUGAGAGCAUUGCCGGCAUACUUGUGGACAACGAAGCGGACGACAGCGAUGAAGACAGUCAAGCUGACGGUUUUAUCUUUGCUUCACACAUCAAGAGUCAUGAGAGCAACACCAUAGAGGGCAUGAAAAACGACGCUCACGAAAUGCGGGAAGAAUAUGGAAGCAAUCUCGUCACAGGCAAACUACAGAGUUGUGCACCUCACCAGACGGACAAGUCAUGUACCUCCAAUCUGCACACGCAGACGCAUGAAGGGGAAGGUGGUUCUGUCUUGCCCAGUUCCGCUGAAACCUCACGUCUUUCCACGGGCAUGCCACGGCCCUUCUUAUCACACACUAGGACGGAUGAUGGGAAAGUCUCGGAGGAGGACCUUGACAGAACCACACGUUCAGAACGAACACAUGAUUUUGAGGUCGGAGAGGAGGACUCUGGCCGAAUUUCAUGUUCAAAGACGGGCCAGUCAAAGCACUGCGAUCCGCACCAUCCAUCGAGGUUGUCCCGAAAGCGCAGGAUUAUUCUCGACGAUGACGAUAUGGAAGACAGCGAUCUCGUCUCUGAUUCCAAGAUUCCCUUACCAGCUCAUUCACACGCUCACUCACCUGCCGCUUCUGACCUCGAGCAACCGCACUCCACGAACCAAGAGGACUCGCUCGCCGCUGCAUUUGGCAUCUCUGACACCGCUACCGAUUCGUUGCCUGGCUUGACACAACUUUUCGCUGGAACCAUGGCCGACAGUUCACAAGAAGAAGCACCGCAAGGAAACGCAGAUGAUCUUCAGGAAGACUCGCUCGAUUUUCUAAGAGCUAUUCCAUCGACUUUACCAUCAUUCGAUAAUUUGGUGUUUGGCUCUCAGAAUCACGCUACACAGCACAUGCAACCCGACCAUUCUCAGUCCCACCCGACACGAUCACAGCCUCUCGACUUGGGCAUCACACAGCUUGCAUCACAAGAGCCAUCGCAAUUUCUGUCGCAAUCCAACAUGUCCGACUUCCCAAAUCCAACACCUGACGCCGGGUUUCAAUUCAGCCACUCACCCAUCGGAGCACCACCGCUACCUCACUCCACGAUUUCCACUGUCCCUGUUCAGGACCCUGAAUCACCAGUUCAACGCCGUGGCCGACUUCAACGUCGCGAGCAUCUGUCGAACUCUCCGUCUACCCAGGUCAAUUCCGAGUCGAAAUCACUCGAUGAUGUCCUUGAAGUACCUGGCGAAAAUGGAUUGGGUUCCCAAUCACCAACCACGGCAGCUGGACCCUUGCGAAUGAUUCACUUUUCAAGCCGUCGAUCUUCCCGGUCGGAUGGUUCCGGUCGAGUUCCUGUCCAUCGUAGCGGUCGAAAUCCUGGAGAAAAACCACCGAUCGGUCGGCGUGCGGCUGAUGCGACUCGUCAAAGGUCGCACCAUGAGGUUGUUUUCAGUGACGAAGACGAAAAUGACGAGGGCAUUGUCGGACUUGCGGGCAAUGAGGAGGUGGAACACCUUGAUGCGUUUAAGAUUCUAAAAAAGCGUUCUGUGAAGCGGGCAGAGCAAUCAUUUGACAAGAAAAAGAGCGGUGCAAAGAACAUGGUUGAUGAACAAGCCGAAGAAUCCGAAGACGAAUAUGCUGGUCUUGGCGGUGCCAGCGAUGAUGACAGCACAGGAGAGGUUGAUGAAGAGAUGCAGAAGAUGAUUGAUGAGAGCCACAUCGAUGUGAAUGAGAGAGAGCUCGCAGCCCUUUACGCCGGCAAGGCUCGGGCAGACGAAGAGAAACUUCUCCAAAAACUCUACAAGGACAUCAACACAGGGGGGUUGCGACGCAAGCGAGAUGGGUUGGACUUGAGCGAUUCAGAGGAUGAAGCGGUGGAACAGCGACGCAGAAAACAGAGAGAUUUCGCGAAGAUGCGAAAGGCGUUGCUGGAAGACGAAAACAUUCAGACCAUCGCGAGCAAUCCGAAGCGGGAAGCAUUCCUCCGCACACUCGAAGAUCAUGACGAAGAUCUGGGAACUUUCACUGUUACUGAGGAACCAGCUGACAUGGCUCUCGAUUCCCAAACUCAAGAUUCUCAAGACUUUCAAGAUCAUCCAGGAGCAAACUCUACCAGACUCCAGUCACCCACCGAUCACGCUGCUGGCGACAAAGUCAACUCUCUCAAGCGGUCACGAGAUUCCAACGACGAGCAGGAAACUCGGCCACCUCCCGCUCUCCGCCGUACCGCCAACCCCAUUCGCAAGCCAACCACGAUUGCCGACAUCCGCGAGAAUGUCUCUUUCCUUAUCGGCGAAGACGAUUCACAAACAAUCAUCCCAUAUUCGCAGGAAAGCGAAUCCGAGACCGAAGAGUCUCACACAUUCACACGAGUCGACACCGAUUCAAGCAGCCAGUCUUAUAGAGACCGCUACUCCGCCCACCGCGCAACGACAUCCGCUAGCAACACAUCUCACAAAUCAGCGUUCGUCACCUCGUCUCAAACGGACCGAAGCACAACAUUCAAACCGCCAACCUUGCUUCGACGCGUCACUGCACGUACGAACUCCACCGACAGCGGAUCCGGCACGGGCGUCACGACUCGCGUGUCGACAUCCGGUGGAUCCAGUGAAAGCUCCGUCCGAAUCGGCGGGACAAAGAAGGCGAACAUCCAUCAUCAGGCUCGUGAGGCGGAGCGGCGGGCGGCGAUUGAGAAGGCAACAUCGUCGGGAAGCGUCGUCAUGAAGAAGAAGAAGACCGCACAGAAGAAGUCGGGGCUGGGUGCUUUGUUGGGUGGAAAUGGAUUUGAGUGA